UUCAGUCGGAUUCCCGGACCCUCUGGGUGAGUGGAGUAGCCAAGACCAUUUCUGCAAACAGCAAAAGGAAACUGUGAGGUCAAGCGAGCGGAAUGGGUGUGAACUGCAAGGAAACAACCUGUCAACCUGAUUUGUUUCCGGUGGUCUCGCAGUUGCUGAGCUGUCGUCUGGCUUUCUAAUGCCUGGUCCGGGGCGAGGAGUUUUGUCUGUAUUCCUUGUGAUUGGCCUGGAGUGGGAUUCCCCGCCCACCUCACAUUACUUUUUUUCCUCUGCCUUCAUUUUAUCUCCUCCGCUUGCACACUUCAUCAACUGAACACUUGAGAGCAGCAGCUGUUCAUCCUUGGUACACUGUGAACUCUUGUGGAUAAUUAACUAAGAAUAGCUUAUUUGUACAGAAUCCUAAAGAAGAAAGAAAAUGGCUUUUGCUGAGUUUUCUUUUCAUGUGCCAAGUCUAGAGGAGCUUGCUGGAGUUAUGCAGAAAGGACUAAAAGAUAACUUUGCUGAUGUCCAGGUCUCUGUAGUUGAUUGCCCUGACUUGACUAAGGAACCAUUUACCUUUCCUGUAAAAGGCAUCUGUGGGAAAACUAGAAUUGCAGAAGUAGGAGGUGUGCCUUACUUAUUGCCUCUUGUAAACCAAAAAAAAGUUUACGAUCUGAAUAAAAUUGCAAAAGAAAUCAAGCUGCCUGGAGCUUUUAUUCUUGGAGCGGGAGCAGGUCCAUUUCAGACUCUUGGGUUCAAUUGUGAGUUUAUGCCAGUUAUUCAAACAGAAAGUGAACACAAACCUCCUGUGAAUGGAAGUUACUUUGCCCGUGUUAACCCUGCAGAUGGAGGGUGCCUACUGGAGAAAUACAGUGAGAAAUAUAGUGAUUUUGGGUGUGCAUUACUGGCUAAUCUUUUUGCCAGUGAGGGCCAACCUGGCAAGGUCAUUGAGGUGAAAGCCAAAAGAAGAACUGGACAACUUAACUUUGUGACUUCUAUGAGACAGACUCUGGAAAAACAUUAUGGAGAUAAGCCUGUAGGGAUGGGAGGUACUUUCAUAAUUCAGAAAGGAAAAGUGAAGUCUCACAUUAUGCCUGCAGAAUUUUCUUCCUGCCCCUUGAACUCAGAUGAAGAUGUGAAUAAAUGGUUGCGUUUUUAUGAGAUGAAGGCUCCUUUGGUUUGUCUGCCAGUUUUUGUCUCCAGAGACCCAGGUUUUGAUUUGCGACUGGAGCACACGCAUUUUUUUAGUCAUCAUGGAGAAGGUGGACACUACCAUUAUGACACUACCCCAGAGAUAGUGGAAUAUCUUGGAUACCUGUUACCUGCAGAGUUUCUUUAUCGUAUUGAUCAACCAAAAGAGACCCAUAUAAUUGGACGAGAUUAAAUCAGCUGAUACUUA